AUGAAGUCGGUGGUGUUGCUUCUUUUGCUCUUCAGCCUAGUCAACUCUUACUUUCACUACAACAAAGACAAUGGAGAAGCCCAAAUCAGUGGCAUGUUGACUUGUAAAGCGACAAACUUUGAGGAUUUGCCAGUUGUUGUAAGUUUAAUUUGAUUCAUCAAUGUAUCAAUAGAUAAAUUCAGCCCCUUUGUGUUGCUUAUAAUACGUUUACAGAACAAUAAACGUUGAACUUAACCUCAAUCUUUUGUCUUUUUAGAAAAUGAAACUAUGGGAGGAUGAUAACGGACGUGGUGCCUACAUUGAUGGAGACGAUUUGUUGGGUGAAUUCGACGUAGCUCCAACUGGAGAGUUUGCCAUCUUUGGCAGAGAAAAAGAAUACUUUGACACCGAGUUUUAUAUCCAAAUGUAAGGUACUUUUAAUCUUUAUAGGGUCAACGUCUCUAUACAUAUUUGUAAAACAAAAUUUGUUUUAACACCCCCAGAAAAAAUGCCAUCCCAGUACUGAUAAGAUGCAUUACCCAAUAUACCCAUAUAAACCAUCAAAUUUGAACCAUUUCAGUCACCACACAUGCGGCGGUAAAUGCCGUAGUUUGGACGUUUACCAAGAUAAAAUGGCAAAUAACGACGAAAUCGAAUUGGAAAAUCAAGGAGAUGUAGAUUCUGGGUGUAACACCAAGACCUGGGCGGAAAAAGAAGACAUUGAUAACGAAUCGAAAGCUAAUAGUACAAAUGAGUGA